AUGGCUGCUGCUGACCCCAUCCUGUCCCCUGAGGAGGUGGCUUUGCUGGUCCUGGACAAGGUGACCUUGGACACCCCCUUGGAAAAAAACCUGGAUCAGCACCCAAGGGACCACGGUGCCACCCUGCCAUGGGACCAGUGCCACCCCAGUGGGGACCAGUGCCACCCCAAGGCCCCACCAGAACCCCUGGAGCCAAAGAGCUGCUCCCCCCCUGAAGGUGACACCCUGGAGGACUCUGUCCCCAAGUGUCCCUCGAUGGAAGCCAAGGAUGAGGACCCCCCCUUGACCCCCCCCCACGUUUUUGUCCCCAUCGACCCCCACUGCAUCGAGCAGACCCCUGGCAAACCCAAAAAACCCCCGAACCCCCAAACCCAGGCGGGCUGGAGGGGAGGUUCUGAGAGACCCCAAACCCUCCCCCCCAAACCUUUCCAACCCCCCCACCCCACCCGUGCCCCCAUCUUGGCUUUUGAGGGCCUGGUGGCCAAGACUCCCCCAAGCCGGGGGGAACCUCGGUGUCCCUGGGCUGGGGGCUGCAGGGACAACCUCAAAGCCGUGGCUUCGGGUUUUGGGGCUUUGUUCCUCUGUCCCUGCUUCCUCUACGGGGCCUUCGUCUUCCUCCCCUUCGAUGCCCCCCCCCUGCCCACCCCCGCCGCCCGCCUCGUCUACACCCUGCGCUGCGCCGCCUUCGCCACCUUCCCCAUCCUCCUGGGGAUGAUCGUCAGCGGCGUUUCCCGCCUCUGCUCCUCCGCCCUGGAGCCUUUUGGGGAGCUGGAGCGGGAGCUGGAGCUGCACCGCACCUACGUCUCCCAAUCCAUCCAGCUUUUCAUCCUCUACUUCUUCAACAUGGCCGUGCUGGUCACCUACCUCCCCCAGGAGCUCCUCAAGCUCAUCCCCCUCCUCACCGGGCUCUUUGCCAUCUCCAGGUUAAUUUUCUGGCUUUCCUACGCCAUCGGCCGUUCCUUCCGGGUUUUUGGCUUUUCCAUGACUUUCCUGCCACUCCUGGCCAUGCAGCUCUGGAAUCUCUACAGCAUGUUUUUCCUGGAGCCUGAAAACCUCUUUGCUCUGGGAACACCAAAACCUGAGGAGAAUUCCAAGGAAAGGGGAACCAAACUCCGGUAUUGGGGUUGAGGGAAGGAAGGGGGUGGGGGGCUGCACCCCAAGAGCCUC